GCCAGGCUUGCAUCUCAAAAAGCAAUUGGUUGGCAGGGCUUGUCAGCCUGAUUUAGGAUUAUGUCACAACCACAGAAUUUGUCAUGUGACCUGGAGCCUAUUUAAUCAGUAUCUGCAUUCUGAAUCUUGUGCACAUUUACUGUUGAAAAGCCUGGAGUCAGAAGUGGUGAACGGAGGCUAUUGGUGCUGUGUGUAGGGCCUGGUUCUGAGAACUGGUGAUACAUGCUCACUGUUUGUGAUUACCUUUGACCUGUGGGGUGAGGGCAGGGGGAGGGGAGAGAGACAGGGUAUUACUCUGUAGCUCAGGCUGUCCUUGAACUUGCAAUGUUCCUGUCUCAGCCACUUGAGUGCUGGAAUCACAGACAUGUGUCACCACACCCAACUCUGUGGUUGCCUUUGUAUCAUGUUUUCAUUCACCUUGUACAGAUGAGGACACCCAGCUUCAGGGACCCACUGGGCCACCUUGCUGGUGGAGCAGACAUUUGUACCCAGGUGCAUGUGACUUAGUAGAGCUCCUGACUGUUCAUGCUGCUUUCCAGACUUCCUCUUGCAUACCCAGCACAGGCUGCUGCCUGAACUUGGAAUGAAGUCAGUACAGUGAAUUUUUAUCAUAGGUCUUUGAAAAGCUAGUCUGGUGUGGCUCAGGAUAUCUGAAGUUGGCUUCUUUAUUUGGUGUUCAUGUCUUGGUUUUCACUAAGGUUGGUUGAAGUGCUACUAGAGCUGUGGUAUGAUACAGUGAAUUUCUGAUAUAUGGGGUUUGACAAUCAAAUCACUUAGGAGCUCCUUGUGCCCCAUUCCAUAGGAGCAAGGGAGAUGCAGUGCCCAUCCUAAACUCCAGAGAGGUGCCUUUGACAGAACCCUGCAACGCCAUGAAAUCCAGUCCUGCCAUCCAAGCUGCCAUUGACCUCACAGCGGGGGCUGCAGACUUAAAAUUGAAAAGAGUUUUUCAUUGGAUCAAAGAUCGUGCUCUCCAUGGAGUAGCCGGCUUCCAUUUUCUUUCUGGGGGCACCGCAUGUGUACUGACCGGGCAGCCCUUCGACACCAUGAAGGUGAAGAUGCAGACGUUCCCUGACCUGUACCGGGGCCUCACCGACUGCUGCCUGAAGACCUACUCACAGGUGGGCUUCCGUGGCUUCUACAAGGGCACCAGCCCAGCGCUGAUUGCCAACAUCGCCGAGAACUCGGUGCUCUUCAUGUGCUAUGGCUUUUGCCAGCAGCUGGUGCGGAGAGUGGUUGGACUGGACAGGAAAGCAAAGCUCAGUGACCUGCAGAAUGCAGCCGCGGGAUCCGUGGCCUCCGCCUUUGCGGCCCUGGUGCUGUGCCCCACGGAGCUUGUGAAGUGCCGGCUGCAGACCAUGUUCGAAAUGGAGACGUCAGGAAAGAUAACCAGAAGCCAGAAUACAGUUUGGUCUGUCGUGAAAAGUAUCCUUAGGAAGGAUGGUCCCCUGGGCUUCUACCACGGACUCUCAAGCACCUUAUUGCGGGAAGUACCAGGCUAUUUUUUCUUCUUUGGAGGCUAUGAACUGAGCCGAUCAUUUUUGGCAUCAGGGAGAUCAAAAGAUGAACUAGGUCCUGUCCCUUUGAUGUUAAGCGGUGGAGUUGGUGGAAUUUGCCUGUGGCUUGCUGUAUACCCAGUGGAUUGUGUCAAAUCCAGAAUUCAAAUCCUUUCUAUGUCUGGGAAACAGGCAGGAUUUAUUGGAACCCUUCUAAGUGUUGUGAGAAAUGAAGGAAUAGCAACUUUGUAUUCCGGACUGAAACCAACCAUGAUUCGAGCCUUCCCUGCCAAUGGCGCACUAUUUUUGGCCUACGAAUACAGCAGGAAGUUGAUGAUGGGCCAGCUGGAAGCCUUCUGAAGUCCCAGGUGGGCCUGCCUCGGAAGCACAGGCGACCAGGACUACUAUUCAUCUCAGGGUUUCCUGGAGUUCAGGAACAACAUGGAAUUAUAAUGAUGCAUCGUGAAUUUUCUCUUUGUCUUCCCUUCUGCCUAAACCUUCAACUUGAUGGAAGCACUUCCAUCUUACGUCAUACAAUUUCUGCCCCUAAUUGAAAGAGAAAAGUUGCUCUGGCCCUUGAUAAAAAUAUAUCGGAUGGCUUGUGGCCCCGUGUGCGUAACUUAAAAGGCAUUGUUUAUGUAUAAACCACAUGUAUCCGUGCAGUCGGGAUGGUUAUGUAUUGAGGGAAACAUGAUUUGGUUCCAUGGUUCAUCUGAAAUACUACCAGAAGACAGAGAAGUGACUUUGUGUUGUGUGUGUGUGAAUGGUUAUGAAUGAAUGCUUACUGUGUUUAAAAUCUAGUGUUUAAAGUCUGCUGAACUUAUGUACUAAGAGGUAAAGGGUUUCAAGUGGUACUUGAAAACUAAUAUAUUCAGGUAGAAUUUUAGUAGAAUAGGCCUGCCUACUGGUGUGGCUUCUAUAUUCUUGAUAAAGCUUCUGAGUGGCAUUGUGGAUUUUUCCCAAGACACUUAACUGUUAAAUAAUGCCACUCAUUUUCUCCAUGGGCCCACGUUCUGUCCUCUGACCAUACCGCUAGCUGCAGCUCAGACCAUCAGGCCUUUGGGAAGUAGUAUGGCCCUCACCAAGUUCCUUCCCUUCUCCUAGAAAGCGUCCCCUGAACCGCUGAGGAUAAAGGGCGGCCGAGGAGCUGGGCUGUGCUGCUGUGCUUCGAUGAUCCCAUGUGGCUCACAGCAGCUCCUCCUUAAUUCCAUCUUUUGGUCCUGACCGCGGUAGAUGUGCAGUCCAUCCACUUCAGACUAUUCAUUUUCCCACCUGUUUCUACCAACUGGAAGCUCUUCCAGAGGAUGGUAUUAAUACCAAAGCCAAGCGAAGCCUUUACUCCCUGUUUGGGGGCCUAUUUAUAGUAGCUAUGGGCACAGCCCGCUUCUCUCCAGCAGUACAGCAGCAGCGUUUAUAGCUCACUGUAAAUGAGCUUCGCCUGUCCUGAGUUUACGUUGGGCUCCCUCACUCCCUGCCGUGCACGUUGGUGCCUUCCACACUUUGCACUGGCAGGCAGUCCUGCCUUUUAGAAACUUUAGAUGAUGAGGUAUGACUUGGUAAAGCAGUGCAGCAUAAGAAAAGCAAUUUUGUGAAACGAGGCAGUAUAUAUAUAUUCCUCCCCAAGAAAAGCAAGCAAACCCCACUGGCGAUCUGAUCCACAUGGGUUUGGGAUGGGAUGGACAGCUGUUCUUUGGAGUCGCUGUGAGCAACCAGUCACCACUAAAUAGCCUCAUCCUGUGCUGCUCUGAGACCGGCAGGGUGCUCUCCACACGUGUUCGUAGGAGGUCUGAAAAGCCAAAAGCAAGCAAGCUGAGGGUGUGAGAGCCCUUGAAUGUCUGUUGUUGUGGGCAGAGUGUCAACACUGGGUGAAACCUCCGGUCUCCGUAAGCUUUCUGCUAUUUGCCAAACCUCUGGCAACUCAGCCAUUGUGCCUGGAGCUAGAGGGUUAGGGAAGCAAGGUGCGUGCUGCCAAAUGUGGAGGGCUAACAGCUCUGCACGGGCAAGGAUGCUUGUCGUGCUGUAGCUGAUGCUCUGUUUACUGUUCUUCUUCCUUCCUUCCUUCCUGCUUUUGUUUUGGGGUACUGCAAGUGGAACCCAGAGCCUUCACACUGAGCUACAUUUCCAGCUCUUUAUCUUUUAAUUUUGAUUUUUCUCAUUAAAUCACUGAGUUGCCCAGGCUGGCUGGGUUCAAGUUUGCAGUUUUUCUGCCUCAACCUCUCAGAACCUCCAUUUACUUUUUCUUUACAAGAAAACCGUUUUUCUACUUUACCUUUCUCUCCAUAUUUAAAUGGUCAGUAGUUACUGAGUGGUGCUUCAACUGAACAGGCCUGCACUGUGGUAAGAUAGAGAAACUGGAACUGGCUGCCAGCAGGAAGGGAGCCGCCUCGAGUCCUUGGCCCCUGCGUGUACCGAGGGGCUGGUGCCAGGUAGGGCAGUUGGUGGAUGUUUUCACAGGUCCUUCGUUAAAGGUCUAAUUCAUUAUCCUCAAUAGCAUUGUCUGAAGCGAAUGGAAGUGAGGAAUGGAAAGAUGAGCAAUGUUUUUUCAUUCUGUCUGGUUAAAUUUCGGUUCGGUAUUUGGGUAUGGUGUUUACCAUUUCAGAUCUGUACUCUAGACAAAAAUAGAGAUACUGUGUUUAAAGAAAUUUGAGUCUUCUAUUAUUAAAUUAUUUACUUAA